AUGAGGUUUGACUCGACAGUCAUAGCCCUGACUGCUCUAGCCUCAGGCUGCGCUGGCCUGAAUAUCAAGAGCAAUGAGCCGGCUGUUAUACGCCGUGACGAAGGCCUUCCCAUCUACAAAAAUGCCUCACACAGUGUUGACGACCGCGUCAAAGACCUCCUGAGUCGUAUGACACUCGAAGAGAAAGCGGGCCAACUCUUCCACAAGCAGCUCCAAGAAGGCCCUCUCGAUGAUGACAGCAGCGGCAACAGCACAGAGACGAUGGUUCUCAAGAAACACAUUACACACUUCAACCUCGAUAGCGACAUCACGAACGCGACGGAGACAGCCGAUUUCAUCAACAUUGUGCAAAAGCGAGCACUCGAGACACGACUUGGGAUUCCGAUCACAAUCUCAACUGACCCACGCCAUUCGUUCACCGAGAACGUCGGUACCGGCUUCCAGGCCGGGGUGUUCUCGCAAUGGCCGGGGAGCCUCGGUCUCGCUGCGCUUAGGGAUCCUCAGCUUGUCCGACAGUUUGCAGAGGUCGCAAGGGAGGAGUAUCUUGCCGUUGGUAUUCGUGCCGCUCUGCACCCGCGAGUUGACCUGUCCACUGAGCCGCGGUGGGCUCGCAUCAGUGGUACCUGGGGCGAAAGUAGCAUACUGACCAGCGAGCUCAUCGCCGAGUACAUCAAGGGUUUCCAGGGAGAGGGAAAGCUUGGUCCAACAUCCGUCAAGACCGUCACGAAACACUUUCCUGGUGCCGGACCGAUGGAGAAUGGCGAGGACUCGCACUUUUUCUAUGGCAAGAAUCAGACUUACCCCGGCAAUAACCGCGAAGAGCAUCUCCUGCCAUUCAAAGCGGCCCUAGCUGCCGGUGCAACUGAGAUCAUGCCAUACUACUCCCGUCCUAUCGGCACAAACUGGGAGGCUAUCGGAUUCUCGUUCAACAAGGAAAUCGUGACCGAUUUGCUCCGCGGUGAGCUCGGGUUCGACGGUAUCGUCUUGACUGACUGGGGUCUUAUUACGGACGGUUACAUCAGAAGCCAGUUUAUGCCCGCGCGCGCCUGGGGUGUGGAGUACCUCAGCGAGCUUCAGCGCGCAGCGAAAAUCAUCGACGCAGGUUGCGACCAGUUCGGCGGCGAAGAACGUCCUGAACUUAUUGUCCAAUUGGUCGAGGAGGGCACCAUUGCCGAAGAACGUAUCGACGUCUCUGUUGCUCGACUGCUCAAGGAAAAGUUUAUUCUCGGCCUGUUUGACAACCCAUUUAUCGACGCCUCGGCUGCCAACAGCAUUGUUGGAAACGAGGAUUUUGUCCGUCUAGGCCGUGAUGCUCAGAGAAGGUCCUAUACCCUCCUCACCAACAAAGGGUCAAUCCUCCCACUGCCCAAGCCGUCUCCGAGCACAAAGUUCUACAUUGAAGGCUUUGACCCCGCUUUCAUGACCGAGCGCAACUAUACUGUCGUGAACAGCACAGAAGAGGCCGACUUUGCUCUUCUUCGAUACAAUGCGCCGUAUGAGCUACGCAACGGUACCGUCGAAGCCGAAUUCCACGCAGGUUCCCUCGCAUUCAACGCCACUGAAAAGGCACGCCAGGCGAAGAUCUAUUCAUCGGUUCCGACAGUCGUAGAUAUUAUCCUGGACCGGCCUGCCGUUAUUCCCGAGGUGGUUGAGCAGGCCCAGGCCGUGCUUGGUAGUUACGGCAGCAACAGCGAAGCGUUCCUGGAUAUUGUGUUCGGAGUCAGCAAGCCGGAGGGUAAGCUUCCGUUCGAUCUGCCCAGGUCAAUGGACGCAGUUGAGGCGCAGGCCGAAGAUCUGCCAUUCGACACCGAGAAUCCCGUUUUUCGAUUCGGCCAUGGGCUGGAGUAUUAUCAGCCAAUGGUGGAGAACGCUCAGAUUACUCUAGCAGCGCUUUGA